AUGACGUCUAUCCGUAGCUAUGGACGGCAAGGAGCGGUGCUACUACUCUGCCUUUAUGUGGCACUCCGAAGUGGCCUGGUUAUGGGCGUUCCUUCUAAAGAUGGUAAUUCGGGUAGCGGAUCGUCACCGUCCCAAGAUGUGGGGGUAAGAGGCCUACUGCUAAAUGCCUCUGUGUUUGCCGUGCUUGAUUCAAUGCAAGUAUGUGGGAAUCAUAUCGACGAGAUUUUACACGGCCCCGUGAUGAAUGAGGGCAAUUUGGUCAAAGCGAUCACUGCCUUUUUCCCAUAUUGGCAUGAACUUCCCAGAUACUUCGAACGUUUUCACAGUGACUUUGCCAAGGGUUUGGAACAGAUAAGGAAUGCACGGAAUGUUUACAAGCGUUACAACGAUGUAUGUCACACACUGAAGAAAUUAGACCCGAUGUCGCCUCAAGCAAUCGAAUUAGUCGGUGAGCAACGUAGGCUCGAAUUGGAAUUCGAGCAAUACAAGAUGCUCGCCGAAAGUGCUCUUCGAUUUAAAGUUGAUAUAUUUGCACCCGUAGUUCUGCGCCUGUUUCAGGAUGUUGAAAGAAUGUUGCAGUCUCCCUAA